UGGUAAGCCGUUAAAAAUAGUCUUGUGAGAAAUGUCGAAAUUCGUUGGCGUUGCCGACAUAACCGAGAACAAGAAAAUCUGGCGCAUGCUGCUCGGCGAACUGGUGGGCACAUUUUUCUUGGUCUUCGUCGGCGUUGGCAGCACGACGAGCGGAAGUGUACCACAAAUCGCAUUCACCUUUGGCUUGACGGUGGCCACAAUCGCCCAGGGCUUGGGUCACCUGAGCGGUUGCCACAUCAACCCGGCUGUCACCCUUGGUUUCCUGAUCGUCGGCGAGAUCAGCAUCCUAAAGGCGGCCUUCUAUAUCAUCGUGCAAUGUGUGGGCGCCAUCGCCGGGGCAGCUGUGAUCAAGGUGGCGCUCAAUGGAGUGGCUGGCGCCGAUCUGGGAGUUUCCAUGUUUGAUCCCUCCCUGGAUUCUGCACAGGCGGUCCUGAUCGAGGCGCUGAUCACCUUCAUUCUGGUGUUUGUGGUGAAGGCGGUUUCGGAUUCGGGUCGUCAGGACAUCAAGGGAUCGGCGCCUCUGGCUGUGGGUCUGGCCAUCACCGCUGGACAUCUGUGCGCAGUCAAACUGAGCGGUGCCAGCAUGAAUCCCGCCCGAUCCUUUGGCCCCGCCGUUGUGCAGGGCGUGUGGACCUACCACUGGGUCUAUUGGGUGGGUCCCAUUGCCGGCGGUCUGCUGGCCGGGAUCCUCUACCGAUUCAUCUUCAAGGUACGCAAGGGCGACGAUGAGGCCAACUCGUACGACUUCUAGAUGGCCAAUAGCCGAUAGCCGAAUACCAUAUAUUCUUGUAAAUGUCCGCACCCGCUUUCCAUUCGCAUCACACAUUAGCUUUCCAUCCACCAAACAGGGUCACAUCGAAUUCGCUGCCGAAAUUUCUCUUAGAUUAGGUUUGCUCCACCACCAACCCGACCGCAACUUUCCGCACAAUUGUAUCAUUUUUAUUUGUUAAAGAAUAAAAACGCAAGUGUAUCGUUUUGGUUGUAACGCGAAGCUAACACACGUAAAAUAUGCAAUAUUGUAUUUGAGUAAUUUUAAGCUAAAUUAUAUGCACAACAUCAUUACGCGAAUCGGAGGAAAACUGUAUCGAAGCUUAACUAAAUUGUACCUCAAAAGCACUUUCCCAGGGAGAUUUCAGCCCUCAAAUAAGGUUGAUUUCCCACCUCAGUUGAUCACCACUUGUUGAGCACCUACGAAUUGUAUUAUGACUAUGUGUAAUAAAAAAUAUUAAGAAAAUA